CUAACCGCGAACUUCAUCUACGACAAUUACUCAGAUAAUCCCGGUGAGUUCGUUCCAUUUUGUAUUUGUUCUUGUACCAUAUAUUAUUCGAUAUAAUUUUCGUCAUGAGUGAUCUUAGUCCCAAGGUCAUCCGUAUCCGCUCAACUCCUAAAACCAUUCAGCUCGUACCAUACUGGCCAGAUAAUGCUGAAACGUGGUUUCUGCUAGCUGAAGCAGAUUUUUGUGAGCAUGGGAUAACUGAUCAACGUUCACAGUUACUUGCAGUUAUUCACGCCCUACCGCGGGAAUUCAGCAAGUACGUAACAUCACAGAUGUUGAGUCCCGAGGUAAGUAACUCGUACGAGUUGCUGAAAGCAUCCCUCCUCAGGAGAAACGCUCUCACGGACAGACAACGUCUAGAUGAAUUAUUUCGUAACAUCGAGUUAGGAGAUCAGUCAGCCGUGAGCAUGCUGACAAGAAUGAAACAAGUCGUCGGCCAAAGUCAGUUCGACGAAGGACUGUUUAGAGAACUCUUCUUAACCAAGUUGCCACAGUCUGUACAGACCGUACUUGUGACACUUGAGGGUACUGUAAUAGAGAACUUAGCUAUUACUGCAGAUAAGAUUCUAGAAAUAACUAAACGGUCUGUUCCCGAAAUAUGCUCAAUGACUAAGCAGACUUCGAGUGAGGAUCCUGCAAUGACAGAGUUAUGCAACUCCCUUCAGCAGAUGUUUAGGUCAAACACGCAUUCUAAAUCCUCCAACCGUCGUCCUAAAUCUCCUCAACGCAGGAACUCGCGUGGUCGAUCUAAGUCCAAACCACGUUCACUGAAAAACCCUGACUGGUGCUGGUACCACAACACCUAUGGCCAAGAAGCGAAGUGUUGCCGUAAGCCUUGUAACUUCGGAAAUGUCUCAAAGUCUGCGGGAAACUAUCCCGCCGGCACGCGUUAGCGGCAACCGUCGCCGGUGGCACUAGCCGCCUACUUUACAUCCAUGAUGUGAUAAGCCAGACUCGAUACUUAGUCGACACAGGCGCCGAAGUCAGCGUCCUUCCUGCUACAGCAGCAGAUCGACAGAAGGAACCUACCUUCAACUUACAGGCUGCAAAUGGAAAACCAAUCGCAACCUUUGGUAGGAAAUACGU